GCGAUGGUUCAUCUCUCUUGAAAAAACAUCUUUCCCUCAUCAGGAAUGCUUCGCGUUGUGCUCGCGGUCGUUUGAGGUUAUUUUCGCGUGAGUGAGACAUCGCGGGUUGCAAAAUGACGGAAAAUAAUGUACCCAGAAUGAAAUCGCGCAAUGGGGCGCGAAUUUUUAAAAAUCCACCACAGCCGCACAUGUGUAUUCAAGAUUUUAUACAGGGUACUAUAGCUCCAUGUUAUGUAAAUGUACUGUCUUGGGACAAAAUUGCAAUGCCUCGCACACCUUCACUGCCUGUGCCACUCUAUGGAGGUAUGAGGGUGCCACCCCCUCGCACAAAGACAGAGGCUAUAGUGUUUGCUGUAAUGGCCAAUCCAGAAGUCCUACGAAUAAAUGGCAAGAAUGCUCAGGAAGCAAAGAAACGUACGAGUUUUAUCGAGUUACUAUUAGAUUUCAUAGAAGCUAUGAACGCAGGGGUAAUUUUCAAUCGUAAUUAUACGAUUAUGAAAGAUCGAGACAUCACGGGUGAGUUGAAGGAGGUCUGGAAUGCAGUGCUAGCUAUACGUGACAACGAGCAGCGUCCUCCGCAGCAGGAAACUUGGAUUGAUGUUCAACCUCCCAUGUCGCAAUUUCUACAGUAUCCAGAACAACAGCACCAGCAACAACAACAACAGCAGCAGCAGCAGCAGCAGCAGCAGCAAGAAUACAUACCUCAACCACCACAGUAUCACUCAAGCAUCACCUAUGGUAGGAUUAUUAACAAUGAAAAUAUGCAUUAUGAGAACUAUGGACAUCAGUCUCAGAGUCCAGUAAUUUCCAAGAACGAGUCCAUCUUCAUAUCUGGGCAUAUUGUGGCGCAACACUCUCCUAACAACGUUCAUCAAAUUGCGCUCGAUCAACGUACUGACAACUAUCGCGAGCGUGGCACAGAUAAUCAAGUUGUGCAGAAUAUUAUUGCUGCACAACAUCAAUUUCAACCUAGGCAAACGUGGCCACAGUAUGUGAAUAUAAAGUAUUUGCCUCCGACUAUUAAUUCUCCAACCCAAAUGAAGCCUUUUCAGCCAUAUACUUAUCAGCAGCAGCAACAGCAGCAGCAUCACCACCAACAACAACCACAACAAUCACAACAACAACAACAACAAUCACAACAGCAGCAGCAGCAGCAGCAAUCACCGCCUCCGCCGCCGCCACACAUGGAUAAUACGAUGUACUUUAAUAUUCGCAGGAUGCAACCGCAACCACAACACUUUAAUCACGUACAGUCACAGUAUGCUGAGCAAUCUGGGCCAUUCAAUAUACAAAACAAUACGCAUAGAGCAAGUAGACCGCAUAUGGGAGUAGCUCAGAAAAACAACGUUACUAAAAGACAGGCAAAUUCACCGACACAUAUUUCUUGUACAAAUUGCCAAAAUAGAGAAGACCAAUCUUUCACAAAGCCGAAGAGUCCUGUUAAAGUUCUUCAAAGGGAAAUGUUGACGGAGCGACAAGAUACAACUAAUGUGGAGAAUAAAGCUUCAGCGGAAAAAACAGAAGAAUCGAAAACUGUUCCGGUAACAGAUUUAGAUGAGGUUCUAAAAAAGAAUGAUGAAUUUGUGGUUAAUACGUAUCCAGAAAAACAAGACAUCUGUAAUACAGAACCCGCGUGUACCACCAAUGAAGCGCCAUCAUGUGAAGAAAAGAAUUCUAUAAAAUUGGAAUCCAAUAAAAUGCUUUUGAUGGAAACGAAAGGAACGGAAGUGCCAGCUACACAAUUGACUCUUCAGAAAAAUGCCAAUAAGUUUGUUAGAGGCAGUGCGCGAACGCGAAGAGCGCAAACGACCAAAGAUGAUAAGCGUAACUCUUCAGAGAGUCCAAAACGCUCACAGCCAACAGUGAAUAGCAUUAUUAAGAGUGUAUUUAAAAUUAACCCAGGCGGGUCCAGUGAGGAAUCAUCCAGUAAGAAAAAAACGAAUGGCCAAGCAAGAUCAACUAAUGGCAAAGCGAUGUAUGAAAAUGAGGAACAGGUACAGCAAGGAUAUACGAUAUUGAAGAAGGAGGCUCAGGAGGAGAUGGUGAGUGAGAUCGCUCAAUUAUCUAUUCAAGACUGCAAGGAUGUGACUGAAGUCGCUCCCGUACUCUCGUGAUAGCCAGGCCUACAGCUGGUACUCAGCUGUGUCCGCGCGCCACCAAGGGUUUUGUUGUAAAUAGGUAGAAUUUUAGAAAGAAGAAACAAAAGACACCGCGGAUAGAGGAGAGGAAGGGGGAAAUACAUCUUUGACUAAAUCCAGACCUUUAUCAGACACUUCGAAUGAAAUCGGUACGUCCUUGAGACGGCUUUGAUUAUUAUCG